GAGGAUGCCUACGAGGAUGAAGAUGAUGAAGAUGACGGGGAAGGGCUUUCCUUGCGAAGAUUCGAAUCUGCGACCGCUAAACCACCACGAAUGAUCGAAGAUGUGGAAGGGGCGGAUGAGGAUGAGGAGGAUGAACCGAGGUCUCCUCCGUUGAUACCAUCUGAGGAGUUGGAGGCUAUCAUGGAGGGAGCAGACAAUGAGGAUUUACCAGAAUUAUAUGGCUCUGUGAAGAAAUGUCCCUGUCAUGGGAAAGGGCACAAUGCGCCGGAUGUAGUCAGGGCGUGGGAUGUUCCUCAAACGCCUGAACAUCAUGGAAGACGUAUAGCCGUGGUACAAGUGGCA